GCAGAGCAGCUCAACAAUGAGCUGGCAACAGAGCGCUCAACGGCACAGAAGAACGAAAACGCUCGGCAGCAACUGGAGAGGCAGAACAAAGAGCUGAAGAGUAAGCUGCAGGAGAUGGAGGGAGCUGUGAAGUCCAAAUUCAAAACUACAAUUGCUGCUCUGGAGGCCAAAAUUGCUUCUCUUGAAGAGCAAUUGGAACAGGAAGCCAGAGAGAAGCAGGCUGCAGCCAAGACGUUGCGCCAGAAGGACAAGAAGCUGAAGGAUGCAUUGCUGCAGGUGGAGGAUGAGAGAAAGCAAGCAGAGCAGUACAAAGAUCAGGCUGAGAAGGGCAACACACGACUCAAGCAACUGAAAAGGCAGUUGGAGGAGGCGGAGGAAGAGUCUCAGCGUAUCAACGCAAACCGCAGGAAGCUGCAGAGAGAACUGGAUGAAGCUACUGAGAGUAAUGAAGCUCUGGGCCGUGAGGUCGCAGCACUGAAGAGCAAGCUCAGGAGGGGAAAUGAGCCAGCAUCUUUUGCCCCACCUCGUAGAUCUGGAGGUAGAAGAGUAAUUGAGAACGCAACAGAUGGAGGUGAUGAAGAAAUGGACGCAAGAGAUGGAGAUUUCAAUGGAACAAAAGCCAGUGAAUAAACACGCUUAAAAAAUUGCACUGCAGCAAGGGGAGGGAGUAUGAUAUUUAGCACUGUAUAAGUCUACUCUUAGUGUCAAAGUCACAUACACCUACUCCUCUGACAAUGAUAAAAGCACAACUGCCUUGUUUCCAAUGUAUAGAUUAACGUAAAAAGUACUCCAAAACUUAUUUUACCACAAAGUGUAUUUGAAAAGGGGGCGGGGGAGGGGGGUGUUAACACUCAGAAUAAUUCACGUUGAGAAUCUUCCAGAAAGUAAGUUCUAGUAGCUCAGAUGAUUUAAAUCUCAGUGAACGAUAGUUUACACAGGAUUUGUCAGACUAUUACAGGGGUAAAAAAAAAAAAAAGGCAUUGGUCAGUUAAUCUCUUCUUAAACUUCCUUUUUGUCUUGAGUAUUUGAUUAACAUAGGGUUUUUUUCCUGGUUACUACACCCCUGAUGCACCGUUCACAAGGUGGAAGUGCCUUUUUAAUCACUUACUGAAAAAUAAAAUAUCAUUUGUUCAAAUUAAGUCAACUGUUACAGUUUUAUAUGCACCAUGGAUGUGCUUACACACUAAUAAAAGGCUAUAAAAAA